AUGUGUCUCUUGUUGCUUUACGUUGUGCCUAAUCCUUUAGAUAAAGACGAUUAUUUGGUCAUUCUGGCAAGUAACCGAGAUGAAUUUCUCGAUAGACCGAGUUCGUGUUGUCACUUUUGGGAAAAGGAUCCGGAUAUAAUCGGAGGUAUGGAUUUAGAAGAAGGUAAAGAAGGAGGAACAUGGUUAGCCAUGAACACCGAAGGAAAAAUUUCUCAUAUUCUUAAUAUAAUAAAACCUUUGAAAUCUACAACAGCGGUUAGAAAACGUUCUAGAGGUUUUCUAGUGGUAGAUUAUCUGAAAAGCAGGUUAGACGGUCCAACCUUUCUCUAUAAUUUGCAAAAAGAAUCUAACGUAUAUGAUGAUUUUACAAUGAUAACAGUAGAUAUCAGACCUACAUUACGUAAAGUAAAAGCCUGUUAUUACACAAAUUCGGGGAAACAGAUACCCAUUGUCUUACCGUCGGGAUGUCACGUAUUUGGCAAUUGUGUCCCUAGUCAUCCGUGGGAAAAACUUGGAGCUGCUAAAAAGAAAUUCGCGGAGGUCCUACAUCGACAUGGUAAAAUAACCAGUAAAGAAUCACUUAUUCAGGAUUUGUUCGAGAUGCUGAAAGAUGACACUCAGUAUGGACCCGACGAACAACUAAUAAGCGAUGCCGAAGGAAGAACGGAAGAAACAUUAAGGCAACUAAGUUCCAUUUUUGUCAAGGAUAUGGACAGUUGGUACGGAACGAGGACACAUACAGUGAUUAUCGUCGAUCGAGAUGGCAAUGUGGAUUACAUAGAGAAGACCAUGCAAGAGCCAAUUACCAUUUCACGCGAGCCAUCGUGGAUAACGACUCGGAUGUAUUUUACUAUGAAAGAACAAUACAUGAUAAAUUCUCAUCUUUAAUGUAACUUUAAUUAAUUAUUUCUCUUGAAAUUUUGAAAUAAUUGUAAAUAGAUAGUAUAUAGUCCAAACUCCAAUAACGGCCACAUCUAAAACAGCGGCCAUUUAUAUAACCGUUGUUCGUAGGUUUGACUGUAGUUGUAUUAUUUACUAAAAUAUCGCGUAAUUCUAAU